GUGCGCGAGUGAAAAAUUGGGGUUAGUCCUGUUUGUCAGAUUGUUGAAUAAUAUUGAUAUUAAAUCGACAAUUAGGCCUAAAAACAAUCAUGAACGGAUUACUAAAAGUAUCAACUAUUUUGGCGAAAAAUUUCCCGACAACGACUCUGAAUAAAUUAGGUUUACCUCUAAUUGCGAGCCGUCAAUUGCAUUAUGGUCCAGACACGAGAUAUGCAAAAUCAUCGGAUGGUGUUUCGAAGAAUUAUCCUUUAAUUGAUCAUACAUACGAUGCUGUUGUUGUUGGCGCCGGUGGAGCUGGUCUUCGUGCGGCAUACGGUCUUGUUGCUGAAGGUUUUAAAACUGCUGUCAUCACAAAAUUAUUUCCAACGAGGUCACAUACUGUUGCUGCACAAGGUGGAAUUAAUGCCGCUCUUGGAAAUAUGGAGGAAGACAAUUGGCAAUGGCAUAUGUAUGACACUGUCAAAGGAUCCGAUUGGCUUGGCGAUCAGGAUGCCAUUCAUUAUAUGACCCGCGAGGCACCCAAGGCAGUUAUUGAACUCGAAAAUUGUGGCAUGCCAUUUAGCAGGACAACCGAUGGAAAAAUUUACCAAAGAGCUUUUGGUGGACAAUCGUUAAAAUUUGGAAAAGGUGGACAAGCACAUAGAUGUUGUUGCGUGGCUGAUAGAACUGGACAUUCUCUACUUCAUACACUUUAUGGUCAAUCAUUGAGCUAUGAUUGUAAUUAUUUUGUCGAGUAUUUUGCUUUGGAUUUACUUAUGGAAGAUGGCGAAUGUCGUGGUGUAAUUGCACUAUGUUUAGAGGAUGGUUCACUACAUCGUUUUCAUGCAAAGAAUACAGUUUUAGCCACCGGUGGUUAUGGAAGAGCAUAUUUCUCCUGUACUUCCGCUCAUACUUGUACAGGAGAUGGUACGGCAAUGGUGUCAAGGGCAAAUUUACCAAAUCAAGAUCUUGAAUUCGUUCAGUUUCAUCCGACCGGAAUUUACGGAGCUGGCUGCCUUAUCACUGAGGGAAGCAGAGGAGAAGGAGGAUAUUUGAUAAAUAGCGAAGGAGAAAGAUUUAUGGAAAGAUAUGCACCAGUGGCAAAGGAUCUUGCAUCUCGAGAUGUUGUUUCAAGAUCAAUGACAAUUGAAAUUCGCGAAGGAAGAGGUGUUGGUCCGGAGAAAGAUCAUAUUUAUUUGCAACUUCAUCAUUUGCCACCUGAACAAUUACACGCGAGAUUACCUGGUAUUUCAGAAACGGCAAUGAUAUUUGCCGGUGUUGAUGUAACACGUGAACCAAUUCCUGUUUUGCCAACUGUUCAUUACAAUAUGGGCGGUGUGCCAACAAAUUAUAAGGGACAGGUGUUGACUAGUCAAAAUAAUCAAGACAAAGUGGUAUCUGGACUUUAUGCUUGCGGUGAAUCUGCUUGUGCAUCAGUUCAUGGAGCCAAUCGUCUAGGUGCAAAUUCAUUAUUGGAUCUUGUUGUUUUUGGACGAGCUUGCGCAAAAACAAUUUCUCGGGAGAAUAAACCUGGCGAGAAAAUUGGAAGACUAAGUCCGAAUGCGGGAGAAGCUUCUGUCGCCAAUUUAGAUUCGAUAAGAAACGCUAAUGGCUCUAUCGCAACGGCUGAAUUGAGAUUAAGUAUGCAGAAAACUAUGCAAACGCACGCGGCUGUUUUCCGAGAGGAGCAAACCCUUCAGGAAGGAUGUAAGAAGAUGAGUGGUUUGUAUAAGAAAAUGGACGAAUUAAAAGUUGCCGAUCGAUCACUUGUUUGGAAUUCCGAUUUAAUUGAAACAUUGGAACUUCAAAAUCUCAUGAUAAACGCGGUGCAAACAAUUACGGCUGCUGAGAAUAGAAAAGAAAGUCGUGGAGCUCAUGCAAGGGAGGAUUUUAAACAAAGAAUUGAUGAGUAUGAUUAUGCAAAACCUUUGGAAAAUCAACAACCAAAACCAAUUGAUCAACAUUGGAGGAAACAUACUCUAACACACGUUGACAUUAGAACCGGUGAUGUAACAAUCAAUUAUAGACCAGUAAUAGAUGAAACGCUUGACUCUCAGGAAUGUAAAACAGUACCACCUGCGAUUCGUUCAUAUUAGACAACUUGAUAAAUUACGUUUUUUUAUUAAAAAAAAGUUAGUCUAAAAAUUUUUCUUACCCGACAUCUGGUUACAUGAUGUUGUUUGUACGUGCGUCGAAUAUCAACUGCAUUGUGAGUUCAGUUUAAAAAAAAAACAAACUCCGUGCCGACCCAAUUAUUGCUAAACCACCAAUCAUUUCACUAACAAGCAAUGAUUUAAUUUAUUCUCUCGAUUGUGUUUCGUCGUGCACCAAAGUGUAAUCUUGUCAAUGCUUGCGAACGUUCUUUAACGCGUUAUCAAGCUCAAUUAUUUUUCUAGGAUGCUGGUGCUGAGUUUUUUGAUUUUAAAAAUGAUUGGAAAAAAAAUGAUUAUAUUUAGAAAAAAAAAGAAAAAAACACAAAUAAAAGCCCAGUCGAUCUCCGAAAUAAUACGAAGGCUGUAUAAUAUAAGAA